UUUCCUUUCCUUUGAUUUCCUCCGAAUCUCUGUCGAAAAAGUGCUGUGUUUUUUCUUUUUCCUCGCAAAAUGUCCUGCCAAUCUUCGUCCUUUUUCUUGUUUCUCACAUAUUUCCCGUCAUGUUUCUCUUUUGUUGUUCAGACCGACGAUAACAGUCUAGAAUCAGCCUGAAUGAGAUUCCCGCAGGCACAUAGCUUAUUAUUUUUUCCUCUUCUUGUUUGUCUAGCAUAAUGAGAGAUUAUCCAUGCAUCUGUUCUUCCGUCCGUUUGUCUAUCCAAUUCGUCCACACAACCUGCAUUCCCCAACCCCGCAGCAACGCACCCCAGACGCACGCAAGGCGGAAAAGGCAAAAGAGAGGGACUUCGCGCACGGCACUUGGUGCCAGCACCGCACACCAGCGGGCCCUCAGCAUGCCAUCGCGUCCCGCGCGCUCCCGCGCCCACACGGCCAGAGCUCGACAGCAUCAACCACGACGCCGCCGCCACCGCCACCGCUGCCGCCGGCGCCCAACCCUCGAUCCAGCCAAACUACCACCAACAAACCAACCACCCCAUCGACGAAUGCACCGAAGCGUCCGCCCAACUGAGGCGCUCGGCCGAGCUUCCGUGCCCAGACCCAGGCCCCCCACAGCACAGAAGCACGGCCUUGGGCAUCGGAUCGGGCGCCAACACGGCCUUGGGCUUGGGCUCUAGCUUGCAGCUCGCAGCUCGCAGCUUCCAGCCCCGCUAGCUUUGAGCACGAGCACACGAUAGCUCCAACCUCGAUUUCUAUCUAUGGGACAUGGGCGUUCUCAGGGUCGCGGGCGUGCGCAUCGCACGCCUGAGAAUUGCCACCACGAUGC